AUGUCUCACCUCCGAAGCACCUCUUUUCUCCGCCCCCGCCUCUUAGUCCACUCCCCGCGCUCAAAUCUCUCAUCGAGCUGUGCGAGUAUGAAAUAUAUCUCGAGGGAAUCCAAUCAUCUAAGAUCUGCAUACACAUAUACAUGCGCAACACCAUCAUCCUCCCAAUCUCGCUCAAUUCACAUCCAGCAUUCCCAAUCCCGCACCUCUCUACAAAAACGCCCCUCCAUCCCCAUCUCCCCCAAUCCCCAACCCUCCUCUCCCUACUCUUCAAAUACAUAUUCGCACGCCCCCAAAACCCACGACCGAGGACCUGAAUCGGAAGAAACCACACAAACAAAUUUCGAGACUCUAGAUGUGCUGGGUAAUACGCCGAGUCCGAGUACGAGUAUCGAUGCGUGUUUGAGUGAUGGGUUUCAUUUGAAUAGUGGGGUGAAGGUGGGUGGAGAUGGGGUGUUUGUUAAGGGGAAAGGAUGGAUGAGGGGGAGUGGUGUGCUGCUUGUUGGGGGGGAGGCUUUUGGUUGGAGACCUUGGGUGGGUGAGGGAGAAGGGGAGGGUGAAAAGGGAUUGGUUAAUGAGAAGGGUCAGUUUGAGGUGGGGGAUGAGGCUUGGGGUGUGUUGGGGUGUGUUUGGCCGAGGCCUGAUCUCCUAGUCCUAGGCCUAGGCAAAGAAAUGCGACCCAUCUCCCCGAAAACCCGCGCGUUUAUCAAUGGAUUGGGGAUCCGAAUCGAAAUAGCAGAUACGAGGAACGCGGCUGCGCAAUUCAAUUUGUUGGCGACGGAGAGGGGGGUGGGAACUGUGGCGGCGGCUCUGGUACCGAUUGGACGGUAG